ACUAAAGCACAGUUCGCUUGGGUUAAGAGUUCAAACAACGCCUAGGCAAGAUCAGCGCUUAAGUCUGCAGCAGCACCAUGGCCCCUAAGAUAUCCAUUGCUUUCACCCUUGCCUUGCUGGCCUUUGUGGUCGUUCGGGCAGCUCCUUUUCAUGGUGGAGCCACCAGUCACGCAUCUGUGCAUCUGGUCUCCCACGACGAUCACCAUGACGGAGGCCACCAUCAACAUCACGACCAUGACGAUCACCAUGACUCCCAUGCCGAGUACAACUUCAAGUAUGGAGUCAAGGAUCCCAAGACAGGUGAUGUCAAGGAACAAAGCGAGACAAGGGAGGGCCACAAGGUGACUGGACACUAUGAGCUGAUCGAUGCCGAUGGCCACAAGCGUACUGUCCACUACACAGCCGACAAGCACAAGGGCUUCGAGGCUCAUGUGCAUCGCGAGAAGGUGCACCACCACGUGCCCGUCCACCAUGGCCACAGCGGCUACACAGGUGGACAUGUGGAGUUCGAGGAGCAUUCACAGUCGGGACACUCUGAUUACUCUGGCUACUCUGGCCAUGGUCAUGAGGACUAUCACUCGCAUGGCCAUGAGGGUGGACACCAUGGCUCUAGUUCCCACGGCUUCUCACUCAAGCAAGAACAUGGCCAUGGACACGGACACGAUGCUGGACACGGACAUGAUGCUGGACACGAUGCUGGAUACGAACACUCAUACGGCGGACACGAGCACAGCUAUCACUAA